AAAUACGUCACUCCAUUGCAGAUCGCGGAGAAGUGUGUCUUGAAGAAAGUAUAAAUAUGGCAGCUCUGGAACGACUUCUUCAGAUUGCUCCUAGAGCGCUAGAAGACAACGUCAAGACAACUUCAAAAAGAAGAUCGAGAAGAAGAACUAGAAGAAGCAGAAGAAAGUUUCAAUCAACUCACAAGAAGACCACAACCAAUCAUCACAAAGAAAGAAAUCUGAAGAACACCUGAUAGAGAACAACCAGCCAUCAUGAAAACUGCACUCGUACUAUCGUUCAUAGCCCUACUAAUCCCAGGACUUCUCGGGUUGCCACUCACUGAUAACCUGCUGAACAGAAUGACUAGGGAUGCCAAGGAAGACAAAGAGAUACCAACGGAGGCACCUCCACCCAAGAAACCACUAGACGGUGUCGCACAACACCUUUACGAUGAACCCAAGGAUGAAGAUCCGACUCCUGGAGCCUUUCAAGGAGACAUGAUGUUAACAGUAGAUCAACUGAGACAAAUCGAAGAGGCCAUCGAUGAUCAGAAGGCUGGUCGUAAGAAGAGAAAAGCUGUCAUCAAUGAGAAUGCUCGUUGGCCCUCCAACAUCGUUCCUUAUGAAAUCUCACCAUCUUCAAGUGGUGAUAGCCAUGUGAUUCGUGCAGCCAUGGACCACUGGGAACAGCAUACAUGUUUGAGAUUCGAACCACGAACUUCCUCGCAUGCCAGUGACCUAGACCAUAACACGUAUCUGUCAUUCAUCAAGGGUGGUGGUUGCUGGUCCUUUGUAGGAAGGGUCUUUAAUGGCGAACAACAGAUAUCCAUAGGAUCAGGAUGUGCCUACCUCGGUAUAGUCGCUCACGAGAUCGGACACGCCAUCGGGUUCCAUCACGAACAAUCUCGACCAGACAGAGACGACUACAUCAAUGUCCACUUUGAAAACAUCCAAUCUGGCUUGGAAGGCAACUUCCAAAAGUAUGACUGGAAUUCUGUGACGACACGCAACGUCGAGUACGACAUCGGCUCCGUCAUGCACUACGGAUCACAUGGGUUCUCAAGGAAUGGUCAACCAACCAUCACCACCAUCGAUCCUCUUCAGAUGCAUCUACUUGGUAACCGAGCUGGUCUUAGUAACGCCGACAUCACUCUAGCCAACCUCAUCUACGAGUGCGACAAUCAAUGUUCGGGCUCUGAGCAAUGUCAGAACGGAGGAUACCAUGAUACUUACUGUAUCUGUGUAUGUCCUCCAGGUUACAGCGGUGACUUGUGUCAGGAUGGAAGUGGACCUACCACUACACCACCAUGUUACCAAAGAUUGACGGAUACACAGGGAGAGAUUACGUCACCAAACUACCCCAGUAACUAUGACAACGACCAGGAAUGCAUGUACCUUAUUGAGGGAGCUGCAGGAAGUACAAUUGAACUGGCAUUUGUUGACAUGGACAUCGAAAACGAGAACCUCUGUCGCUACGACUCCGUCGAGGUCCGCAAAGACGAUAUCAACGCCAUCGGAGAGAAGUUCUGUGGUAGCACCUUACCCCCUGUCCAGAUCUCUAGUAGCAACCAGAUGUUGGUUUCUUUCACAUCUGAUUACAGCAUCACUGGGCGUGGUUUCAGAGCUACUUACGUCAUCCAGGGUGUCUCUACGACUGAGGCACCAACUACCACCACUGAAACAACUACCAAUCCUCCUGUAGUCGGAACAUGUGGAGGAAGCUUUGAUGACAACCAAGGUUCAUUAGCAUCACCAAACUAUCCCGGUGAUUACGAUAAUAACCUACGGUGUGUCUACGUGAUCGAAGUGGAGGCUGAUCGUCGGGUUGAGCUGACAUUCGCAGAUUUCUCGCUGGAGGAUCAGAGUACCUGCCGAUGGGACGAACUGGAGAUCGAUCUCGGAGACGGUGUCAAAGUUCCUAUGAAGAUGUGUGGUUCUGAGUAUCCAGCCGCUUCUUUGGUGUCAAUCGGUAACAGGAUGGAACUCACACUGAAGACAGAUGGGUCUGUUACUAGUAGCGGCUUCAGAGCAGACUAUCGUGCAAUCGAUCAGUAAAACGAUCCCUAAUUUACCCACAAAGAUAGUAGAAAAAACGAGAUAAAAAGUAAAAUGCUGGAAAUGUUCCUUCGACAUAAUUAUUUUGACCAUUCACUCAUAAUGAAAAUACAGCACUUGUUUGCUUGUAUCUAUUGCAUAUACUAUCAAUUUCUUGAAGACAGAGUGUAAUUCUUAUUUUAAAUUUGUUGUACUCUUAAUUCUCCUCUGAGCUGAAGAGUUUUACAUAAUCAAGAAGGUGAGAAACAUUUUUUUUAAGUUUUUCAAUAAUAACAGUGCCAAGAUAUUGAAUGAGUCAUCCUGUUAGUUCAGUAAGAUGAUAAUGUGACAUGAUAUAUUUUUUUUUUUGCUAAAUAUAUAUAGAUCAUGAGAAUCUGAGUUCAUGACAAUCGUUAGCGUUAUACUUUGAAGCAAAUGCCUGUAAAAUAAUGCAAGACACUUUGAUAUUAGAAGAUGUAAAACCUCUUUUUUAUUUUGUUGAAACUCAUUAUUAACUCACGUUUUUCAACCAUUAUCUUGCUCUCAAUGCCAAUUCAUAAAAGUUUGCUAAUUGUUUGUGUCAUUUUUUUUUCAAAAUAUGUUUUAUGAUUAGGUUUUAACUGUAAUUUAGAAAAGAGUUCGUCCUUUGUUUUUCGUAAAUGUUUUAUAUUAUAUUUUGAUAUGCAUAAAUAUUCCGUCUGGGACGGCUGGUUUAAAACAAACAUUAUGAAAUUCGAUUUUGAAAUACUGCAUUUGAAAUUUGAAUGGUUACGAUUUAUAUCACAUCUGAAUUUAUAGAUGUACGUGUAUAUUAUCGUGUGGUUUUCCGUCAGGUACGGCUGGUUUCUACAGUAUAAUAGAUGAAUUAAAUAUUAUUUAUAAUACAUAA